AUGGGAUCGGUCUUAGCUAAAGAGAUACCACAGACUUUUCCGGAGGGUAAUAGUCUCAAAGAUGGUUAUCCAUGCCUGUUUUCUACUGAAGAAGUCGAGCACGGGGUUCCUUUAACUGGUGAUCAUUUAUAUGACCAUAACUACUGUAAAAAGGAAGACAUUGCGGAAAUAGUGGAAAAUCCAGUGGUUGCCCAAGAACAUCCAGUUGAUCAUAUAUAUUCAAGAUUAGCUACAAAUCCUCCUGAAUCUUCUUUUCUCAAUACUGGACACACAUGUGCUAGUUCAUCUGGCUCACAAAUGACAGAAGGCAUGGAAAUUGACCAAGAUCCCUCCAUAUCAAUAUUAAAAACAGAAUCGACAGAUUUAAUUUGCAGUGUGAAGCGAACUCAUUUAAAAAAUAAAGCACCAAUAAAAAUUGUUAUUGGGGGAGGAGGUAAAUCUUUUUAA